AUGGAGAACGCGUCGACGCAGCAAGGUGCUGCCAAGGACUGGGCGCGCCAAGUGAAGGGCUACGUCGACCAGGCUUUGCUCAUCUUCCUGGAUCAGCGCAAGCGCGAGGUGUCCUUCGCGGUGCCCGCCCAGUGUUCUUUGAUUGCGCCGUUGGCCAUCACUGAUGCUGCCUCUGGCGCUAACCUCGCUUCGUUUCGCGAGGUCAUGGACUUCGACAGCCUGGUUGCGAGCUUCUCCCGCACUAAGGAGUACGAGGCAGCGGGGGCGGUGUGGAUGUUGGACCCGGUUUGCGCGGACAUCGACGACGUCACCGUAAGCCAGCUCGAGGGUGCCAUGAGCAUCUGGUCGGAGGAGACGUUCCUCCUCUCCUCCAAGCACGCGCCCUCGCGGCGCCUGACCUUCGACGUGCCUCUCCUCGCCUUGGUGGUCAAUGCUCAGGUCGCCCAGCGCCAUGAGCCUGGCAAGCCUGUAGUUUGCUUGACAGAGCCUCUGGCCAUGAUCGCGGGCCGCGCGGUGGUGAUCACGUGGUAUUCUGCCAUGGGCGAGGCGCUCAGGGAGUCCAGCGAGGACCGCGUGUGGCAUCUGUUCAAUGCCGCGUUGUCCGUCCCCAUCAGGAUGCGCGUGCUGCCCGAUGUGGACGCGACCCACUUGGCGCCCCUGAGUUUUGGAGAGAUAUGUUCACUGCGAGUGCUGCCUCUGGCGCAGAGCUUCUGGCGGCUCGCAGAAAAAGCGCGCCGCUUGACAAACGUGCGCGCCAGUCUCGCCAAGUCGGAAGCAGUGGCGAAGCUGGAGGCUGCGCUGAAGGCCUACGGCCUCCAGUUCAAAGGGGAACCGUGCACCGCCGCAACUGCCGCGGCGCUGAAAGGUUUGCGCAUUUUCGCACUCGACAGCGCCUGCGCUUCGGCUUUCUCGCUGGCCGAAGCGUGUAUCCCAGAGCUUCGCGAACCUACGCUUCUCAUGAAGAUCGGCUUCGCGGAAUUGUUAGUUUUCAUCCUGGACGCUGUCCGCGUGGCCCGCCUGGCGGGCGACGUCCCGAAGGGCGAGAAACUGGCCGUGAGCCGGAAAAAGGAGCUCGUCGAGUACAUUUGCCACGAGGCCUCUCUCGUGCACAAGGGACAUGGGCGCCAAAUGGCCGCGUUCAAAACACCUCUCCGCAUCCUCCAGCGAUUCGCUGCCUCUGGCUCGGAUGGGCUCGUGGCUUCGCACCGCGUGUCCGACUCAGGCGGCGGCGCCGACGGGAUGGAGAUAUCGGUCGCGCUCCCCGUGGCAGAGUAUCGGAACACCGUGGAUUGCAAGUCCAAGGCGAGGAUCGACGUCGCGUGGCCUCUGUGGUCGGGCGCUUUCGACGGAGAAAUCGUUGAGCUUGCCAAGCAGGAGAUGCAGAACAGCGCGCCUGCGUUCGUCUGGCACACGUGCCUCGCCGAGACCAGCCAGGAGGUGGGCGCCAAGUGCCGCGCUUUCGUGGCCGCCUGCGCGGGCGGGCCGAUCCCCGCCGACCCCGAGCUGGAUGCAAAUCUCGGCUUGUUGGGGGCGUCCGAGCUCGGGGAAGAACAACGGGAAGAGCUCGCCAAACUCCAGGAGCAGCUCAAGCUUCUUCGCAAAAACAAAGUGAAGUUCGUCAGUUUGCCAUCUGUCGGCGCUGCCACUGGCGCGGAGUACUCAGUGGGGCAGAUGCAGAGCGUGUGGGAUGCGCUCAGCCAUGGGCACCGCUUCGCGAGGAAGAAGACCGACCUUGAGCUCUUCCCGCCCAACGUCGCCAAGCAAGGCGUCAAGGCGAGGCUGUGCGAGCAGUUGGCGUGCGACGAGGCGAAGUUCAAGCGAGUCAUCGAGUUCUUCUUGCAGAAGAGGCAGAAGGAUGACAUCAUCAUCUUCCUCGACGGCAGGAGCCGCGCGAACCGCCGGGUCAUUGAGACCGUCGAUGCCAAGUUGGAGUCAGGAGGCUCCCACGCGUUCGUUGAGUGCUGGAUCGUGUGCGAGCAGCCAAACAAGAAGGAGGAUCCGCGGUCCCCGGCCAGGGCGCACAGAUACACCAAUAACAACAGGGAGACGGCGAUCUUCUCGCUGCCAGUCAAGGGCCCGCGGAAAGUGGUGCACCGUUCGGGGUUCAACGCGCGCGGCGAGUCCUCGACCGCAGACGCGACGUGCACUGGCGCCACAAUGCGGCGUCUUUCCGGGCUCCCUCGCCUGAGCUACGAGACCAAGGCGAGCAUCCUGGGAGCUGCAUCUUGCGCUAGCGUUGACGGCGCCAACUCGAAGAUGCCGCGCCUGCAGGCAGACGUCGAUUCGAAGGGCCACCCGUUCUCGUAUAACGAGGUGAAGCCCAUCAGCCUGUGGCAGACGAUCAUGGGGCACCGCGGCGUGACCCGCGUCGUGGACUUCAUUCCAGGCUCUGGCGCCUUGGCUGUUGCUGCCGCUGGCGUAAUGGAGUGCGAAGGCGUCGCUUGCAACGAUGACCGUCGGGACUGGCUCGACUCCAUCGUGGACAGGUGCGUGAUGUACAAGGCGGGCCACGAGGAGGGGCGCGCGCGUGAAUUGGGCGGCGACGCCGACUUCGUCGAGAAAGCCAGCAAGUAUUUCAGCGGAACCAUGAUGGAGGCGAAACGUCUGUUGAUGCCGCUGGCCGACGAGGGCGGCGGGGACGAGGAGGGGGGCGAGGGCGAGGAUGACGAAGAGUAG